AUGGCCGCUCGGCGAGAAGGCGCAGUCCGUCACGGGCGCGCCGUGACCACCGCUGCAAGUUGUCGCGAGGACACAGGCGAAACGAGGCGCUGCGCACGCCGCGAUGGCCCCGCCCCGACGCUCGACGACCCAGAUGCGCGGCACGCCAUCUUCGCCGCCGAGCCUGAACGAUUUGCCGAACACCGCGACGAGCACGGCGCAGCCGCGAAACACCUGGACGCCAGAGCAGAGCUCGUCGCCGGUGUCCAGCUUGCACAGCUCCAAGAGCCCGCUCUCGUCGAGGUCCGCGGCGACGAUGGCGUUUCCGACGCCCGUCUUACUCGAGCCGCCGCCGCCGCAGUAGAUGAUGCGAGAAGAGGAGGGGCUGUACGUGGCGUAAAAAUCAAGUCCUAUCUUGGCGAGGAAGCCGCGCACCACGCACCUAGCCUUGAAUUUGUCAAAGGAACCAUCGCCUUUUCUCUUGACCUUGAGUACUAUACGAGUGCUCAGGGGAGAUCGCUCCUCUGCAAUUCUCUCGGCGUCAUAUAUGAGGUCCUCAGGAAGCAGCACGUACGGAUUAGAUGGGGAAGUUGCAACAGAGAUGUUCAAGCGAAUCUCCAGAACGACACAGAACGGUUGGGUAUUGUUGGAUGGCCUGGACCUGUUUCAGCAUUCCACCUUCUCCUGAUACGAACGACAAAUGAGGGGUCGCUGGCAGGGCCGUAUCGUUGUGGCCGAACAUCAACAGCACCACGAGAGGACGGGGAAGAGUUGUCAGAGCCAUGGUGUUUGAGGACGUCUGUGUUUACAGGACCAUCGCCACAGAGAUUGUACUCCUGCGGAUUCAAAAAUGAAGUGGAAUCAGACUCGAGGAAGCCGGACCCAGAUGGUGGCGACAUUCUCUGUGAUUCUGAUAUCUCUUCUGUCACAGGAGUAGAGAAAGGAGUGUCUCUCAUUUCCUUGUUAUGCACUAUGGUGAAUAGCAUCAAUGAGGAACUGCUCUGGUGUGAUCAGACUAUUGCCUAUGAAAUUCUGCACAUGGGCUCAUCAUUCGGCUGUCGCCUGGUUUUAGAUCGAAACCUAGCGCUUUGGGUGCAUGCUUCUUCUUGCGGUGUUUCCUGCUGUCUGAGAUGUUAUCCCUUACGUCAGAAGAAGAUAGUUCAGUAUGAGCACCCAAACACAUCAGUGGUCGAGCAUGUAUAUGUAGGAAAGCGGACAGGCUGUGUGUUGACAUAUCACCUCCGAGUAUGUGUGUACAUACAGCGUUGUAGACAAUCGGGAGUAAACGAUGAUGCCCUGGCAGCCUCCACUGUGGUGAAAUAUCUAUGGACAGGCGCGUUAGGGCUUUCAUGCCUGUGAGUGACAUCAAUGAUUACAUUCAUGUCACUGGUGAUGGUGGGUGCCGGACCAGAUGUGAGAUAACCUGUAGUACCCUUCUUCUUGUUUAAGUAGUUCAUAGCAUCCUCAAAUAGGAUUUCUCCCCCGGGUGCAAGGCGCGCGCUCCGCGGCCUUGCAUUCAUUGCGUCGACUACCUGCUGGCGAGAGACAGAAGACGAAGAGUGGGAGAGGCUACAGGCGAAGUAUAUUCCCUGAUCGCCAGUACGGGCGCCAAAAUACACAUCGCAU